AUGAUGUCGAAAGUCAAGUCGCUGCGAUCCUGUCCAGCCUUAGAAGAUUUCGAGGUAAAGGAAUUAGAACAGGAUAAGCCUAAGUUGUACAAACACUUGAAGGACACGCCAGCGGUGAAGGAGAAGCUCAAGUACAUAGAACGCCUCGAUAAUGAGAUCAAAGAGACCAUGCAGGUUUACAAGGCAGAAAGAGCUGAACGACUUCAAAUUCAGAAUGAAAUGUGUAAUGAAAUUUGCAAAAACCCUUUUCCAGGGAAAGAUGCACAGAUGUUUUUGGAACUAUGCCAUUUUGAAGCUGAUGGAGAUUUAAAUGAAGAAGAAAAAGGCAAUAAAGAGAAAAGUGAAGCAGUAAGUACUAAUCAAAGCAAUAGGAGUAUUGAAGACAGUUUUAUUAAAAGGAACAUAGAAUUGGCUAGGCAAGGAAGUAUGGCGGGUUGCUCCUUGACCGAUGAGGAAAAAAGGAAGUUGGAGGAACUGUUAGUCGACGAACAAGACGGUUCUUACAACGUGGAAGCCAAUCCACAUAAAAAAGAUUCAGGCCUGUCUCUGGACGAAUCCGAUGAAUCUUCUGAAGAUGAGAAUUAUUUCAUAUCCAAUGCUUACGCUUUGGACAACGAUGAUAUAACGAAAAUGGAAGACAUCAAUUCCGAGUUGGAAAAAUUCACGGUGGAUGAAACAGAAAAGGAGAAAACAGACCUCAGGGAGUCUUCAACCCAGCCACAAACUGACUGGAAGGAUGCUGUGCUGAUGGAACAACGCUUAAAAGCUAUCAAUGCUAAGCUAGAUGAGUUACGCAACAGCUACGAAACUGAUCAAGUCGAAGAAAUAUUUAUGAGGAUGGUUAAAAGUGGUACAUUGGACAAAGAGUUAUCAAAAACAGGGAGAUCUAAUGUCGAUGUUGUCAAUGCUGCAACUUCUCAGAAGGAUGAAGACCAGGCUUAG